GGAGUAGGUGGUGUAGCUGUUCUAUCAGCACAGCUCACUCGGUACGCGGUGCUCCCAUAACGGCGCCUUUCCCUCUUUGGGUCUCCUGAGCGGAGAAGAGUGGAAAACCCCUCUGAACCCGGCCCGGGUCCUCAUAUCCAGGCGCGCCAUGCCGCUAACGCGUGACGGGAUCAGUAAACGUCACCAGGAGCCGGACAGCCGCUAAAAGCCCGAGUGAAAGUGAAAGCAGCGCGAGCUCCGGGGCUCUUCACUGGCAUCGCGCGCAGAGGACCAGCUCGCGUCUCUCUUCCGGGAGGCAGAAGGACGACGUGCAUGCAGAUUUACUCAGACAGGGGGAGGAAAGUGCCUGCGAGAGGCUGUGAGAGAGUCUGCUGCCUCACAUAGCUCAGAUCAUGGCUGUUCAGGCUGUUCUGCUGCUCAUUCUGAUGUCUGUCUCUCUGGGAAACACUCAGACGGAGAUGCUGAAGCUGGAAUGCCAGACUGCAGUUGGAGUUGUUGGGCAGACCACAAAGCUCUGCUGCUCUUUCAAGAAGAAUUUUAAAGCAGAUCAGAUUAAUAUUACUGCAGGGUUUGUAACUAAGAGAGGAGAGAGAGAUCCACUGUUCUGGUUUAAGAAAGGUGUAGCGAAUGGAGAUCAUCGAUUUAAACCUCCGUCUCUAAAUGAUCCAUCUUUACUGCUCACCGACACUGCUGUGUCUGACGAAGGACAGUAUGAUUACACUGUUCUAACCAAUCGUGGCAUUACAAAAGAAGCACUCAGGAUCAACGUUACAGCCAAGUACAACCCACCAUCCGUCAGCACAUGGCCAGAAAAGAUUGAAGAGGGCAGCCCUGCUGAACUUAACUGCAUCGCUAGUGGUGGCUAUCCAGCAGGAACCAUUCAGUGGUUUGACAGCACCAACACCAACUGGACGAUGAACGCCACACUAGAGAUCACAGAGAGAGAGGACCAACUGCUACAUCUGUCCAGCAAACUGACCUUCGCUAAGAUCAACUCAAGCUGGGCACCUUUCAAGUGUGUCGUUCUCAACAGCAAAUUCGUCAAAGAUGGAGAGACCACGUCCCAUCAGAGUCAUACAGGUGAUGAAGAUCGGUCAGGUGACACAGGCUUUAUUGGGGGCAGUGUUAUUGCUGGCCUGAUAGUCAUUGGCCUCAUCAUCGUGGGACUCCUGUUAGCCCUCCUGUACCGCAGAAGACACGUUCAGCAAGCCCGAAGACCUUCCGCUCAACCUAUUCUGAGGGACUUUCCUGGAAUUACCAGACAGGCUGGGGCUGAUGCUGAUGCUGAUAUUGAUGCUGAUGAAAUCAUCCGCUGAAGCCAAAUGGAGAUGCUGAAAUGAAGACACACAUUCAGUACCAUACUGAGGACUUUGUGGAGAAGUCCUGCAUUUUUCCAACUUAAUCUCUCUGUUGUGUCAGUAGCAUACACUUUUAUCUACUUCUGUACUGAUUCUUAACAAACUUGUAAUAGAAGUGACUGUUCAGGUGCUGAAUGAAAUUCCCAUUGGCUUCUGUUAUAAACCAAGUUAUAGUUUUCUCUAUUAGAAACCAGAUUUCUGUUAUUUUUUUAUUUUUUAUUAUAUUAAUUAUUAUAUUAAUUACACUGAAGAGAGAGUAUUCUAACAUAACAACACUGGGCAGUCAAAUGGUGAAGGUUUUUUUUUUUUUGAUGAUGAUGAUGAAACACUUCUAGUUCUCUGUUCCUGAGAUUGAACUUCUUCUUUCUUAAAAUCACUUCCUCACUUCUGCAGUAACCAAACAUAUCUUUCUUUAAAGGAACAACUCACAUGUAUGUUUCACAGAUUUGAUGAAAUCCCUUUUAUCAGCUGAUGCAAACAUGUGACUGUACUGUGUGUGUUAACAGCUCUGUGUAAAACAGCCAUUAUGUACAAAUGAUUCUUUUUUUUUUCCGGAGAUGUUUCUGAGGAGGCAAGGAGAGAAGAAUUUUGUUAUCACAUGGAAACAGAUGGAGGGGAGUGAAGAAUUGUGUGCGUCUUUGCAGAAGCGCACAUAUUUUUGUCAAUAACUGAGGUCUAAAGGGCGGAACGUCAGACACUAACGAGCUUAGUGUCUGAGACUUCCUUCUCGCUGCUGCCCCCUACUGCACUUUAAUCACACUUCCUUUUCAAUCGGAUGCUUACUGCUGAUCUGAAUAGUCAUCCAUCCAUCCAUCCAUCCAUCCAUCCAUUUUCUAAGCCGCUUCUCCGUUAGGGUCGCGGGGGGGGGGUGCUGGAGCCUAUCACAGCAGUCAUCGGGCUGAAGGCAUCUGAAUAGUCAGAUAUAUUGAAAUAUACUUUUGCUUUUCACUGGAGCCUUAAUAAAUACGUAUAGCGUAUGAAGUGAGUGUGAAAAUAAUAAACAUAACCGCUGAACGUGGGAAAAGGGGUCAACUCAAAACUUUAUAUUGUUAUUUUUUAUAUAUGCUUUUUGUUUCUGCUUAGAGUGCGGGGACUUACUGCAUUACAUGGACUGUAGUGUAAUCUGAAAAAUGACUAUUAAACUGUUGGUAUAUGAUGUAUAAUCCAACGCAACUAAUACACUCCUGCGUCGUUUAUGUAGCACCUUUCUUUAUAGCUCACUUCAAAUUGAAAGUGCUUUUAAGUACCAAAGAACAUUAAUUCCACUCCAGCAAAUGGUUUUUGGCCUAGGCUUGAAAGGGAAUUUGCUAAAACGUUUGCAUUUUCUGUGUAGUUCAGUGUUGUGAGGUGUAAUCAGAGGAAUUCUGAGCGGUUUGGUGUGAAAUGGUUCAGAUUUCUUAACAGUGGUGGUGAUAGAAACCAGGGGUCACCAUGACUACAACACACAUAUAGACAUUUUACUUAGUAUCCAGAAGAACCUACACAUGUCUUCUGAGAUUUAUAUUGAAUGUUGAUGAAGGGAAAAUAGUGGAAAAUCUGACAUAAUAAGUUGCUUUGAUCAUUAUUUUGCCUCACAGCGCACUACAUGUUUCCUUCCACCAUGAAAUUUUAAAUAAUACAUUUUAGGCCAAAAAGUUGUUGUAAAUCAAUGUGAAUUCAAUGUGCAUUUCACACCAAACCACUCUGAAUGACUCACAGUGUUCACAUCUCAACCACUUAAUUAUGCAAAAAAAUGAAAUGUGUUGAAUAUAAACAUUAAGUGGUAGUUUCCUUUUCGAGGAUUACAUCUAAUCUUGGACUAAAAUUCAGUGUGAAAAGAGAUUUACUAUUGGAAAUGAUUUACUCUGGCCUUUUAUUAACUUUCUUGGCACUGGAGUCCAUAAAAUAGUAUUUAAGCACUAAACAAACACAAAUGAAGCUCUUGUGGUUGUCAGUACAUCAAAAUGAAACUGUUGUGCUUACUAGGUUUAUCCACAGCAUUUUAUAUUUAACUGUCUCUUCUGGUUCACAACAAUCUGAAUCUUUAACACCAAAACCUACCAGUGCUGUUAUUUAGCCAGUAAAGAGACCCACACAUUACAGGGUCCAUAUCGUGGAAGAGAGCCUGUUAGAUUCUAAGGGAUUAAUCGAAGUUGAAAAAUGAGUGAUGACUAUUUUGGUGCAUAGGACCACGUAAUCAUAAUAGGUGGAACUCAGGGAGAAGAAAUAAACUGCAAGGAAAUGUAACGUAUGGGCCCUUUAAUAAACUACUUUGAAGGUUCUGCCCUGUUUUUCAAAGAGAACCUGACUAUUUUCUUAUAUUGUUGUGGUUUUUUAUACCGUGGUUUUGGUACCGAAUUACUGUAACAGUCUAAUGUAAAUAAAUACACUUUAUAUGAAA